AUGACGGAACCGCAGAGCCUCAUUACGCAGGUGCAGCCCGAGUACGGGCCUGCACCUGUUAUGCCCGAUCAAUCGCAGCCGUUUUUGGAUGAGGACUCGUUGAUACAUCUCAAUAUUCAGGAAAACCAUUACUACAUUACACGGAACCAGCUUAUGUCGUUACCGGAAUCGCUAUUACUGUGUCUUUUCCCGUCAGGAGUGUUCAUGGACCGCACGGGCCAGGUGAUUACGAAUCUGACGUCGCAGGACGAGGUCUAUAUUGGGAAUUUUCCCCCAGCAUGCUUUGAGUACAUUAUGGAAACGUAUGUGCAGGCGCAGGAGGAUUUGGCAAAUUACCCAGUGGACGAAGUUUUUGGCGCGGGCGCCACAGCGUCGGGCCUGGCCCGCGACCAGUCGCGGUUUUUCGGGUUCGGGGCGCAUACAGCGCCGCCUCCUAGCGACGCGGAUUUGUUGCACGAAAAGCCCAGCAUCAUCGUGCUACGGGAAGACCUGGACUACUACUGUGUGCCACAACCAGUGCUCAAGACCGAGCGGGAAGAAGACCGCGCGGAACUGUUGCGCGAACUUAUGGUGCAGGUCAAGCUGGCUGCCGGCAGCUACUUGACGUCGCAGACGAGCGUUUUUCUCGGGUUGCGCAGCUCCAAUCGCGUCAAGCAGCCAUUGCACCAGGGCCAGCACCAGGAUGGUCACGGCAGUGUCUUGAAGUUGGGCCCAGCUGAGCAACAUCUCAUGGACAUGCUAUGCUCCUCUGGAUUCCACGACGGCUCCCGGUGGGGCAACCGGUCCCAGGAGCCGGGCAAGACCGUGAUCAGCUCGCUCUCGCUGUGCAGGCUCGCAAACGAGACCACUCAAGAGUUCCGCGACCGUUAUAACGAGGCGCGUCGUGUCUACGACGCAGAUCUCAAGAGACGCGCCACGUCGGAGCCCCUCACACCUUCGACGUCGCGGUUGUCACCCUCGCCCUCGCUGACGGCCGAUGCGUCCUCGAAACGUAAGUCUCGGCUCUCUACGUUUGCAGACAACGUGCGGUCGCGUUCCGGGUCUCGUCAACGGUCGGGGUCCCGCCAGCGCGCCCCCGACGCGCCACCUGCGCUCUACGACCUCGUCCCAAAACCCGAUAUCAACUCCAAGCUGCUGCUGUUCUGGAAAAAGCCCGCUCGCAAGUGCUGGUGGGGCGAAGACGACGUCGAUCUCGAAAUCGAGAUCCGCGGUCACUACGACACCGCGACCCACUCACUAUCGGUCAAAAGUUCCGCACCCAUGGCUCUUGUCAAGAUACCUGUCAAGCUACACAUCCGUCGAGUAUGGACUUUAGAACUAAGCGUCGUGGGAGUUGACUGA